GCUGCCUGCUGGGUUUGCCCGUGUUUUGUGCCGCCACCUGGACCACCCGGAUCGUUACUGAGCCGCUGCUUGUUUCUAUAGUGCCAGGUUGGUGUCUAGUAACAGGACUCCCUCCGUGCAUCCUUGGUGCAGCCCCAGGGUUCCUGCAGGACCACUCCUGGCCUGGAGCAGUGUUGCAAUGGAGGGUGCGAGGCCAGGCAGCAGCAGGAGGAAGAGCCGGGAGCAGUGGCUGACCCCAGGCACGAGGACUUACACUUGUGACCACUGUGGGAAAGUGUGCUCCAUCAAGGCUGCCAUUGCUAGACAUGUCUCUCCCAUGCCAGCAAAACAAGGUGGGGAGGCAAGAGUGACCCCACUGAACACAUUGGCAGCAGAAACUACAAGUAUGACCACUGCAGGAAGACAUUUGCCAAAAGAGUGGUGUUGCCACACACAUCCUGACCCACACUGGGGAGAGGAUGUUCCAGUGUCUGGAGUGUGGAAAAAGAUUUACCAAGAAAAGUAGUCUUAACUCGCACAUCCUGACCCACACUGGGGAGAGAAAGUUCCAGUGCCUGGAGUGUGGGAAAAGAUUUACCUACAACAGUGAUCUUAGCAAACACAUCCUGACCCACAUUGGGGAGAGAAAGUUCCAGUGCCUUGAGGGUGGGAAAAGAUUUGCCUGGAAAGGUAAUCUUGACACCCACAUCCUGACUCAUACUGGGGAGAGAAAGCUCCAGUGCCUGGAGUGUGAGAAAAGAUUUACCCAGAAAAGUGAUCUUGACAGACUCAACCUGACCCACACUAGGAAGAGAAAUAUCCAGUGCCUGAAGUGUGGGACAAGAUUUACUUACCCAGAAAGAUAAUCUUAACAAACCCAUCCUGACCCACACUGGGGGGAAACAUUUUGGAGGAAAGAGAAGGAAAUGAACAAGUGCCAUGUAAUCUUGACACACACACACACACACACAUCCUGGUACUUGUACAAACUAGGCUCACCCUGAGUGUGGGAAGAGAGAAGGAAAUGGACACAGGAGGAUCUGCGCUGAACCACCUUGGUAAGACAAAGUGCAGCAGAGGAUCAACCAUCAAAGAGAAGAAAUGUGGCAAGUAACAACCUUCAUCAUUCAUGCCAGACCAAAACCACACAAGGAACAAGAAACCUGCUCAUGAGAACCAACACAGUAACAGGAAGGUGCAGUGCAAGGACAAAAUGAGAAAAGGACCAUCUGUUUGUUAGUGAGGAAGGAGUGAAUGCAGAGGAUGCUGGAAUAUGAGAGAGAGAGAGAGAGAGAGAGAGAGAGAGAGAGAGAGAGAGAGAGAGAGAGAGAGAGAGAGAGAGAGAGAGAGAGAGAGAGAGAGAGAGAGAGAGAGAGAGAGAGAGAAUGAAUUUUUGUGCCACUGUAGUCAGGGUGUUAGUGAGGCAUGUACAAUGAAGGCUGGUGGUGCAAGGGAAGAAGAGCUUGGGAACAUAUCUACAGUACAGAUGACAAUUAUUUUGCCAAGUUUUUGUUAGCUUUUUUUUUUUAAGAGAUAUUUUGUGUAUAACAUUUUUUAAUAUAUUAGAUUGUCUUUUGGUGUUUAUGUUUUGGGAGUUUAGGGUCUACUAAUAUUUUGGGGCUAGAUUAUUUCAGUAUAUUGAAUGGAGGUUUUUCUGUUUUAUAUACAUUAGCAUCACUGGAAAAAUAUUUUUAUUAUUCCCACUAACAUCAAAAAAGAUUAUGGAAAUACAACAACAGUAAUCACAAGUAAAGAACGUUGAAAACAGCAUGGUGCACAUUAAUCACACACACACACACUGCCAUGGUGCAGUGGAACCCUGGG